UUCAUACUGAGCUCGCGCUGAUCCGUAAUGUUUCAGACGCGUAGUGGAAGCAAGCAAAGCCCGAUGCACGAGUCAAGGCAACCAACAGCGGAGAUGAAGGCCGACUCCGAUUGGCUCUGAUUUUUAAAAGCCCUUUUCAUUCAAAAGAGGUUGCCCAUUAUCAACAUGGCAGAGCAGUCGGCCCCAGUACCCUCUGCAAAAAUGGCGGCACUUAACCGGGUUCGAGCCUUUACUUUGGUUUUCUUAACUGUCAGCGGCUGCUUCAUUAGCUCGACGAGUGGCAAGGAAGGGGCAGAGGAGACGGUAAUAAUUGGUCUCAGACUGGAGGACACGGACGACAUUUCCUUCAUGGACAGGGGCUAUCUGCGGGUCAGCGAAAGGUCUCGUGUCAAGUUGAGGGUCUAUGGGCAAAACAUUAAUAACGAGACGUGGUCCAAAAUUGCUUUCACAGAACAUGAGCGGACUCGAGUCAUCGGAGAUAUUGACAGCUCAGCAGGGGAUAACAAGAGCCAGGAGGAUACCUCCAGCUUCCAUCCCUGUGGGAUUAGAACCUCGGAUAUUAUAAUUCUGCCCAAUAUAAUCUUGAAUAGAAAGACGUCGGGAAUAGUUGAAAUAGAAGUCAAGCCUCUAAGGAAGACAGAAAGAAGUAAAGCGUACUACCUGUGCAUCGCCACUUCAACACCCGCUCUGGCUGGCUUGCAUGACCCAUGGACCGAGAACACUUGGAUCUAUCACGACGGCGAGGACACGAAAGUGAUUGUGGUGGAGGAAAAGAAGUUUUUACUUCCUUUCUGGCUACAGGUCAUUUUCAUCUCUAUGUUACUUUGCCUCUCGGGUAUGUUCAGCGGGUUAAACUUGGGACUGAUGGCACUGGACCCUAUGGAGCUACAGAUAGUUCAGAACUGUGGUACAGAAAAGGAAAAGAAUUACGCAAGGAAGAUUGAACCGGUACGGAGCCAAGGGAAUUACCUGCUUUGCUCACUUCUGUUAGGGAACGUCUUGGUGAACACUACCUUGACAAUUCUCUUGGAUGAUAUUGCAGGGUCGGGACUGAUUGCCGUUGUGAUGUCAACCAUCGGGAUUGUAAUCUUCGGUGAAAUUGUGCCCCAAGCCAUAUGUUCAAGGCACGGUCUCGCAGUUGGUGCAAAUACUAUAUUCUUGACCAAAUUUUUUAUGCUGCUUACUUUCCCAGCUUCGUAUCCAGUCAGCAAACUCUUAGAUUACCUUUUGGGCCAGGAGAUAGGAACGGUGUACAACAGAGAAAAACUUCUGGAGAUGCUGAGAGUAACGGAUCCGUACAAUGAUUUAGUCAAAGAGGAACUCAACAUCAUUCAGGGCGCACUGGAGCUCAGGACUAAGACCGUAGAAGAUGUCAUGACCCCUUUGAGAGACUGUUUCAUGAUCACAGGGGAUGCCAUCCUCGACUUCAAUACCAUGUCUGAAAUUAUGGAGAGCGGGUACACCCGUAUACCUGUGUUCGAAGGGGAGAGAUCUAACAUCGUGGACCUGCUGUUUGUCAAAGACUUGGCAUUCGUGGACCCGGAUGACAGCACCCCGCUGAAAACAAUUACUAAAUUCUACAGCCAUCCCUUGCACUUUGUUUUUAAUGACACCAAGCUCGAUGCCAUGCUGGAGGAGUUUAAGAAAGGUAAAUCCCACCUGGCAAUUGUCCAGAGGGUGAACAAUGAGGGGGAAGGUGACCCUUUCUAUGAGGUCCUGGGAAUCGUCACUUUGGAGGACGUCAUUGAAGAAAUCAUCAAGUCCGAGAUCCUGGAUGAGACAGACUUGUAUACUGACAACAAGACAAAAAAGAAAAUCACCCAUCGGGAAAGGAAGCAGGAUUUCUCGGCCUUCAAGCCCACAGACAAUGAGAUGAAGGUUAAAAUAUCACCUCAGCUUCUACUGGCUACUCUGCGUUUCCUGGCAACAGAAGUAGAGCCCUUCAGUCCCGCUCAGAUGUCCGAGAAGAUCCUCCUCCGCCUCCUCAAACACCCCAACGUCAUCCAGGAGCUGAAGUACGAUGAGAAGAACAAGAGAACGCCUGAGCACUACCUCUUCCACCGCAACAAGCCUGUGGACUACUUCAUCCUCAUCCUCCAGGGGAAGGUGGAGGUGGAAGCGGGGAAGGAAGGGAUGAAGUUUGAAGCAGGGGCCUUUUCUUCGUAUGGCGUGAUGGCCCUCACAGCCUCUCCAGUUCCUCUCUCCCUGUCUCGCACCUUCGUGGUCAGUAGGGCUGAGUCACUAGCAGGAUCUCCAGGUACUAAUAAGUCUCCGCCGAGGCCGUUUGGUCUGAACCACUCGGACUCCCUGAACCGCAGUGACCGGAUCGAUGCCAUCACGCCCACGCUGGGGAGCAGCAACAACCAGCUCAACGCCUUCCUCCAGGUGUACGUCCCGGACUAUUCCGUCAGGGCCGUCUCCGACCUGCAGUUCAUCAAGAUCACCCGGCAGCAGUACCAGAACGCCAUCAUGGCCUCCCGCAUGGACAAGACGCCCCAGUCGUCGGAUGGCGAGUACACGAAAAUCGAAUUGACUCUGACGGAGCUCCGCGACGGCUCGCCGGACGAGACGGCCAACCUGCUGAACCAGCAGCAGAAUUGCGUGCCGCACGGCAAGCCCAACCACAGCGUGCACAGCGAGGGUGCGGUGUAAGAGAGAGGGAGGAGCGCCGCUCUCGCGCCACAAACUCCCCCAAACCCCAACCCCC